AUGACGACGACGGCGAGCGACGCGGAUAUCCGCUUACCCUCUUCCCCGCCGUUUUCCCACGACGAGAAGAGCCGCCGCAAGAAGAGGUCGAAACUGAUGAGGAUCGAUGACAUGAGCGGCGUCGUUUCGAAGCCGAAACUUGGGAUCCGAAAACCCGACCCGGGUGCGCCGAAGAUCACCCGGCCGUGCACCGAGUGCGGCAAGAAGUUCUGGUCCUGGAAGGCCUUGUUCGGCCACAUGCGGUGCCACCCUGAGCGCCAGUGGCGCGGGAUCAACCCCCCGCCGAAUCUGCACCGACACAUCUCGCCGCUGCCGUCUCCGUCGCCGUCGGAGGCGGUGAGCGGCCUGGAAGGGCUAAUGAGCGACGAGGAUCAUGAAGUUGCCGCGUGUUUGUUAAUGCUGGCCAAUGGGGUCGUUUUUCCUCAUCAUCAAAUGGUUCAAGAAGUUAAAGAAUUUGAUGGGUUUGUUCGGGUGGCCGCGGCUGCGGCUGAGGAGGCGGGCACGUCGGAGACGAGCUGCCGGUUCGAGUGUUCGAGUUGCAAGAAGGUGUUCGGGUCGCACCAGGCGUUGGGAGGGCACAGGGCUAGCCACAAGAAUGUCAAAGGGUGUUUCGCCAUAACGAAGAGCGACGGCGAUCCGGCGGAAGACGUCCACAUUGGUGGCGGCGUCGGUGAUGAUGAGAGGGAUAGCGUGGAAGACAAGGUACUGAUGGUUCUGGGGACAGGACACAAAUGCAGCAUUUGCUUGAAGGUGUUUUCUAGUGGUCAAGCAUUGGGUGGGCAUAAAAGGUGCCAUUGGGAGAAAGGGGAGGGAAUUUCUGGUUUCGACUUAAAUUUGCCUGCCCCACUUGAUCAAGAUGGGCCCUCUUCUUGUGGAUUCACACUGGAUUUAAGGUUGGGAUUAUGA